ACAAAGUGCUUUCGACUACGCGAAUGUACGGCGGUCGUGACGCCAGAAGACGUUGUUGGCGCUAGCAGGCAGAGAAAGCCAGUUAGCAGAACACAGCAAAUGCAGAAUGGUUACCUGGGAUUGACCGGUAACCGCCGAGGGCUGUGGAAGCCUGGAAGGGCGCCGCUGAACCAUCACAUUGCGAAAGCUGGGCUGGCGGACGGCUGGCCGGCUGGCGCGCGCAGAGCAGGGCACACCGACACCGACCAUGCGACACCGACCUGGAAACACCAGCGCCACCGACGCCCAUCAGCACAUGUCGGGAAGGGAGGGAAAGGGAGGGCUUAAAGCAAGGGCGACUGCUGCAUGACAACGAGCAACAGCAAGGAACCCAUGCACGCGGGCUGGCGGGUGGCUGCGGCUGGGGCUGAGGGCAGGAGGCGGGCGUGGGCGGUGCGAGGCUCGCUGCGGCACUACUCUAGAGGCAGAAACGGAAGGCAUUGCGGAAAGAAUUAAUGCGGUAUGGCGCUGUGUGGAAGUAAGUGCUGAACGCGGGUGGCCGAUGUAGCAGGGAGACUGCCCAACACCCUGCGAGAACGUGCAGGGGGGGGGGGUCGAGUUCGAGGGUUCUGAAGUUACUGAGUUUACGGAGGCGGGGUGGGACUGGGCGGGCAUGAUCGCGCAGGUGGCUAACUAACGUUGCGCAAGGAUGCCGCAGCUCCGAACGAGACGGACUGGGGGUUCCGGAUGCCACGGAUGUAACAAACGUACACUGAAUUUACGGCUAUCUGGGGGGCGUUGGAAACGGGCGCCGUCAGUGGGACUGGUGGGGGACGGUGGGGAUCGGUGGAACGUGUAUGGGGGGGUUGGUUCGAGUUCGGCGAUUCUGAAGUUACUGAGUUUACAGAGGCGGGGUGGGACUGGGUGGGCAUGAUUGCGCAGGUGGCUAACGUUGCGCAAGGGUGACGCAGGUCCGAACGGCACGGACUGUUGGUUCCGGAUUCCAUGGAUGUAACGAACGUCUACU